AUGGACGACACGGCUUCUAUAAAGUCUGCUUCCCAGGCUGGGACUUCGGCUUCUAAUGGAACGAAGAGAAAACGGUCGGCAGAUCCCAAGUUCUACGCAGUACGCGUUGGCUACCAACCAGGCAUUUACCACACCUGGAAAGACUGCCUAGAGCAGGUGAAAGGUUUCAAGAAGGCGAUGUUCAAAUCAUUUCCCACUUUGACUGACGCCGAGCGCUUCGUUGCUGGCGAGAAUCCGGUCCAUGGAAAUCAUUCUGGUUUAUCGCCUUCAUCCAAAUUUUACGCUGUGAAAAAGGGGAGGGUACCUGGAAUCUACACAGAUUGGCCAUCCGCACAAGAACAGAUUACCGGAUGGCAGAAACCAAAGCACAGAUGUUUCACGACCCGUGCUGAAGCGCAAAGUUUCUUGGAGGAAGACGAAAGACGAGCGUCGGACAGUCCAGCAGUUGAAAUGGAUGGUGUUUCCGUAACUCAUCUCGCCGCCGACGUGCCGAUCGAACCAGAAUUCCAACCGCCGGUGAACAAGAAAGCCAAGAAAGGCGCAUAUGGUACGAAGACAUGGGUCCCAGAGUACAAUGAGGCGGACUACGAGCCCGGUACCGCGCCUUUGCCUCCAGAUACUGAGGAUGGGUUCGAUUCUAACAUUUUUCUGGAUGCUGAGACCGGCAAGAUGUUGUACAAGACACAAGAGCAGCGCCAGGUCACCAAGCCACGGCCGUCAGGGGUAUCUCAGACCGAACCAAUACGCAUACAUACAGAUGGUAGCUCUUUAGGAAAUGGUACGGCAGGGGCUUUUGCUGGUAUUGGGGUCUAUUUCGGUCCCGGCGACAAGAGGAAUGUUUCCGAGACUCUACCAGGAUCCAGGCAAACCAACCAACGUGCUGAGCUCACUGCAAUCUUGAAAGCGCUCGAAAUCGUCCCCAGAAAUCGACACGUCUUAAUCAUCACCGACAGCCGGUAUGCAAUAGAUUGCGUCACCACAUGGUAUAUCAAUUGGCGUAAGAAUGGAUGGAAGACAUCAGCCGGCAAAGCGGUUGAGAACAAGGACAUUGUUGAGAACGUUCUUGUAAAGAUAGAGGAGCGAAACAAGCUGCACGUUCAGACCAACUUUGAAUGGAUCAAGGGGCAUGCAAAUCAUCCUGGCAACGUUGAAGCUGAUAAGCUCGCAGUUGAUGGGGCAAGGAAGGGGCCAGCAUCAUAG